GUAAUCCUCCUCCGGCGGCCAGCGGCCGCUCUGCACGUGGCGCGGGUGCGCGCGGUCCGGCUGGGCCGCGCUCCCCGGCGCCUCCCGCGGGCGAACCAACCACUCUCCCUCCUUCAAGAAGUGCCUCCGGCCCUCCUCCUCCGUCCCCGCGGUCGGCUCUCGGCGGCGUCCUGGGGGCACAAGCUGUGCCGGACGGCCGCGGCAGAGCUGCGGGGGGCGAGGGGGGGGUCAAUAUUCAGCUAGGGGAUAUGAGCCCAGGGCGGCGGGUAGCGGCUCCCGCUGUCCCCGGGACAAUACAGGGCCCCAUACUACCCCCCUCCAACGAGGGGAUUAGCACACAUCAGGGCAAUUUAAAUAAUAUUGGAACGUUUGGGCUUAGUGUGGCUGGGGCGGGGGACGGGGCAUCGGCUGCCGCCGCACCCGCACCGGCGGCAGUCACAUGGCAGGGUUUCCCCCCGGCCUCGGGGGCCUGCUCGGGCUCCCCCUGGGCGUCAGACGCCCCGCCGCCGUUAACGGCGCCCCCGCUUGUCGGUUUUCAAACCCCUCUCCACGCCCUUCCCGGUCCUUUUCAGUUUGGGUCCACACAGACAUCCGUCUCGGCGGCUUAUAUGACGCCCGGCGGGGCGCUUUCGGUAGCAGCGCAGCAAGGCUUCGCGGGGAGCCAGUCCCUCCCCGGGGGUUUUGCGUGGCCUCCGGCUCCAGCAUUCCCCUUAGCCGCCAGCAUGCCUUCCAUGGGCUUCAUGACGGUGUCCGGCACACAAUUUUCCCCGCACGGGUACAGCGCGGGCGCCGGCGUGCAGUCCACGUGGUCGGUCGGUGGCCCCCGAGUCGCGGUGCCCUCGCCGGCCUUUGCGGGCCUGCAGUCAGGACAGGCACCGGGCGGUGGGUAUCAGGUGGCACAGAGUUGGCCCCCUCUCACGGCGCCCCCUCAGUUCCUUCCGGCGUCAUACGGAUGGGCGGGGGCAGGCGUCUGCCCGCCGCAUACGGCGUGGCGGCCGUCUUACCCCGCGAGUUUUGGUGCAGUGAGCGGGUCGGCCUUUACGCAGUCGAUCGGGUACACCUCGGCGGGGGGCCCCUCCCUGCAGCGGCCGGGCGGCCAUCCGCCGCGGAGCGGAGGGGCGGGCCCUCCGCAAUUGCGGCCAAUUGUUAAUGAUGUUCUGGUUCCCCCUGUGCCUGUUGUCCCCUCUUUUUCUCCCUCACAGGUCCCGUCUAAUUCAGGGGCUACGCCCGACACGAGGCGAAGGUCGCGGACGAGCGCGACGGCGAACGUGGAGGUACGGCCAUCAGCGGAGGCGGGUGCAGCGGACGACGCGGUUCCGGGUCCUUCGAACUCCGGGGGAACAUUUUUCUUGCUUAUCUUGUUCUUUUCUCUUGGAUGAGUAUACCUUUAUAUAAAUGACAAUGGAUGGCAUUAUUCAUAAUUAUAAUUAUGAUAAUAAUAGUGAUUACCCUGAUGACUAUGAUGUUACUUUACAUGUCAUCCAUAAUGUACAUGAAGAUGAUACAAGUAGCCUAGCCAUUCGGGUUGUUUCCUCUGUACUUUAUAUGACGGUAUAUAUUUUGGGAAUUUUUGGAAAUGGUCUUGUGAUUGGAAUCAUUGCGUUCAAAAUGAAGAAAUCUGUCAACACCAUCUGGCUUUUUAACCUGGCUCUGGCUGAUUUCCUGUUCACUUUUUUCUUACCCCUGACUGUGGUCUAUACUGCAAUGGAUCAUGACUGGAUAUUUGGGAAAGCUUUGUGCAAAGUCAACAGUUUUAUCCUUGUCCUGAACAUGUUCACCAGCAUUUUCUUGCUGACCAUCAUCAGCAUGGAUCGUUGCAUUUCCGUUUUCUUUCCUGUUUGGUCCCAAAAUCAUCGUUCCACCAGACUUGCCACUUUUCUUUCCACCAUUGCAUGGAUUAUUGGAUUUUUCCUAAGCGCCCCUCAUUUAAUUUUCCGUGACACUGCACUAAAGGGCAACAAAACAGUAUGCCACAUUAAUGUAAUAGAUGAAAAUAAUGAAGGAAUAAUCCACAUUGCAAUGGUCAUAAUACGGUUUGCAUUUGGAUAUUUUAUACCACUCAUAGUCAUAACACUCAGCUAUGUUACAAUUGUCUUCAAGCUCAAGAAGAACAGGAUGGCCAAAUCCAGGAAACCAUUUAAGAUCAUAUUUACCAUAAUUGUGGCAUUCUUCAUUUGCUGGUCACCAAUCAACAUUCUGAACAUUUUGGAAUUAUUUUAUGAUAACUUUUCAGACUCGCUGUUUAAGAUCGGCAUGCCAAUUGUCACUGCCAUAGCAAUGGCCAACAGCUGUAUAAACCCCAUACUGUAUGUUAUAAUGGGACAGGAUUUUAAGAAGUUUAAGCUUAGCAUCCUUUCAAGACUUGAUAAUGCUCUAAGUGAGGACACAGCACACACACGUCUCAGCCAGAAAAGUUUCACACAGCGUUCUUCAUUUACUGAAAAAGAGUCAAUAAUGGUGUAAUGUGUAUGUUUAUAUAAGUAUAUAAAUCUUCUGAUCUCGUUAUGACAUAAAGUGUAUUUUAUAUAUAAAAAUGAUUUUAUUUUACAUUUAAAUUACUAGCUAGAGCUAGUAAGAAUCAAUCUCCUAAUGCUUCAUUUGCACUAAUUAUUUACAGUAUUUGGAGGAAAAUUAUUGUUUUUGUUUAAGGGUUUGAUGAAACUUUAUACAGGUGUGUCCUCAUGCAGUACACAUAUCCUUUUGCACCAUGUGGUGCGAGAUGCCUGUCGCAACUUAGAUGCUCCUCCAUGGGAAGCAAUUCCCUUGCUUGUGCCCCUUUCCUCAAAAUAUUUUCCCAAUUAUUGAGUCUUAUUUCACUAAUAGGGGGGUAUUCAAUUACACAUGAUCAUUGUUUGAGGGUAAUUGUGUUGCCGGGGAGCUAUUCAAUUACCCCUGAUAAACCAGUGUGAGAUGGAUCUUAUCUGGGAUUUUGUUUCAUCUGCCUCAGGCAACGAAGCAAAAUCCCCCAAAACAGCCCAAUUUUUUAGAUGAAACACACAGGUUUCACUGAACCUGUGUGCUUUUGGAUGAAUAGGUAUUUUUUGUGAGGUGACCUAACUGGAUAGCCUGAAAAAAAAAUAUUGAAGAAACAUUGUGAGAAAUUGCGAAAAACUUUCGUUUUUCGCUCCCGAUGCUUCUGCAGAUAAUUGAAUUCCCCCUAAUAGUGUAAUAAGUACUGUAUUUGGGAAUAGGUAGAGCAAUCCAGGAUUGUUCAUAAUAUACAGAAGACAUGGAGGACAUUGGACAUGGCACAAGAGUGACAGAUCUCCAAAACAUAGUUAAUUUUUUAAAUACUAUCAAAUCCCCAAAAUAUGUAAUUGCACGUUAUCUGGUGAUAUGAUAAUUGUUGGAGGUCACAUUAUGCUGUCCCUCACCAUUGCAACAAGUGUAAACUGACCUAAGACAGACCUUUGGGCUGCUUUAGCAAGUGGAAGAUGUAUUUUUCCUUGAAACUUGUAGCAAGGGUGACUCCUUCCUAACUAAUUAACCGUUUCACUUUUGGUAUAGUGGUGAACCUAAACUCUUCACAGGUGACUAUUAAAUCACCAGAUAAUGUGCAUGUAAUUACAUAUUUGGGGAUUUUUGGUGUUCAAUAAAUACACGUGAACCUUUUCAGAUCAGUCUGUCUUUAUAUUUCCCUGUAUCCAGUUUCCUUCAUAUUCUUUUUAGCUGAGAAAAUUGGUCCUGGCUCAAACACGUCUUUCAAUCCCUAUGUGAUAUGUAGUAAACUCUGUGUUAUAAAUUCUAUCCACAGGCCCAUAGUUACAUUACUCUUCAUGCAAUAUACUGUAAAUACUUCUAGACCUCUGCAAUUCAGUAGCCAUGGAUUACUUAUCAUUAACCUGAUAAUUGUCUAAUGACUUGCCAUGCAGUGAUGCCCGCUGUAUGUCGACAGUUGGUCCACGGGACAUUUUCAUUGGUGCUUUCUGUAAAGAAAGAAUCAGCAAUGCUUACUUACACACACUGAUUACAUUUUCUGAAAACAUUAAAUUUUAUGCAACACUGACACAAUAUUCCAUGUGUAAUCAUGGUUUUAAAUCACAUCCAUUGAAGAUUGUAUACUCUUUGUGAAAGGUUUGUAUAUUUCAUGUGACUGACUUAUCAUGUAUGACCAGUGUUUUGUUUUUCAAUGAGCACUUUGAUGGGAUUGUAGAAAAAAAUAAAAUAUAAUAAAACAUGU